GGAAUUCAUCAAUUGCUUUUUGGUCUCAGGAGCGACACCGUAGCCCCUGCCAAGCAAGCCAGUGCAACCUGUUCCAGUUAUCGUUGGAGGAAGAGAAAGGAGAGAGUCGGGUUACAAGAUGGCGGCUGUGUGAUCGGCGAGCAGGACGGAGGAGGAGGCGGGGAAUCUUCGCAGGCUGGAGGGGGUUAACGGCAGCGUGAAGACGGACGACGAGGAGACCCCGGCUGAGACAUCCUCCUCCUCUACAGCGACCUCAUCCCCCAGCCCGGGGCUGCCGGCGCAGGAUGAGCCGCGGCGGGGGCUGCCCGUGAAGGCGGAGGGAAGCGGCGGCGAGGAGGAGGAGGAAGAAGAGGAGGAGGAAGAGGACGAGCGCCUGGACGCUGGGUCACGGAGCGGCGGGAUCAUGUCUGACACCCGGCGGCGGGUGAAGGUCUACACCCUGAACGAGGACCGCCAGUGGGACGACAGGGGCACCGGGCAUGUGUCCUCCACCUACGUGGAGCGGCUGAAAGGGAUGUCCCUACUGGUCCGGGCCGAGUCCGACGGUUCAUUACUUUUAGAAUCGAAGAUAAAUCCAAACACUGCAUAUCAGAAGCAGCAGGACACACUGAUUGUUUGGUCUGAAGCAGAAAACUAUGACUUGGCGCUCAGCUUUCAGGAGAAGGCCGGCUGUGAUGAAAUCUGGGAAAAGAUAUGUCAGGUUCAAGGAAAAGACCCUUCCGUGGAAGUCACACAAGACCCCAUUGAUGAAUCAGAAGAGGAACGCUUUGAGGAGAUGCCUGAAACUAGCAACUUGAUUGAUCUUCCCACUUGUGAACUUGAUAAACUUGAAGAGAUUGCUGACCUUGUUACCUCAGUCCUCUCGUCACCUAUCCGUAGAGAAAAGCUAGCGUUAGCCUUGGAGAAUGAGGGCUACAUAAAGAAACUGCUGCAACUCUUCCAAACCUGUGAGAAUUUGGAUAACACCGAGGGUUUGCACCAUUUAUAUGAGAUUAUAAGAGGGAUAUUAUUUCUCAAUAAAGCAACUCUGUUUGAGGUGAUGUUUUCGGACGAGUGUAUCAUGGAUGUUGUGGGGUGCCUAGAGUAUGACCCAGCCUUGGCACAGCCAAAAAGACACCGGGAGUUCCUCACCAAAACGGCAAAGUUUAAGGAAGUGAUUCCCAUAACAGAUUCUGAACUUAGGCAAAAGAUUCACCAAACGUACAGGGUACAGUACAUACAAGACGUCAUCUUGCCUACACCAUCCGUAUUCGAAGACAAUUUUCUUUCUACGCUCACAUCUUUCAUUUUCUUCAACAAAGUGGAGAUUGUCAGCAUGUUGCAAGAAGAUGAAAAGUUUUUGUCUGAAGUUUUUGCACAGCUGACUGAUGAAGCUACCGAUGAUGACAAAAGACGUGAAUUGGUUAAUUUUUUCAAAGAAUUCUGUGCAUUUUCCCAGACAUUACAGCCUCAAAAUAGGGAUGCUUUUUUCAAAACACUGGCAAAUCUAGGAAUUCUUCCUGCCCUGGAAAUUGUCAUGGGUAUGGAUGAUUUGCAAGUUAGAGCAGCUGCAACCGAUAUAUUUUCGUAUCUGGUAGAAUUUAGUCCAUCCAUGGUCCGGGAAUUUGUAAUGCAAGAAGUUCAGCAGAGUGACGAUGACAUUCUUUUAAUUAAUGUUGUAAUUGAGCAAAUGAUUUGUGAUACUGACCCAGAGCUUGGAGGAGCGGUUCAAUUAAUGGGACUCCUGCGGACUCUGAUAGACCCAGAGAACAUGUUAGCGACAGCUAAUGUAAGAACAUGCAAAUGGAAAACGGAGAAAAGUGAGUUCUUGAAUUUCUUCUAUAACCAUUGUAUGCAAGUCCUGACUGCACCCCUGCUGGCGAACACCUCUGAAGAUAAGCCGGAUAAGGAUGCUGGCAUUGGGUCUCCCAAGGAGAGUACUAUUUGCCCAGAUAAUUACCAGACAGCCCAGCUGCUUGCAUUAAUUUUGGAGUUACUGACAUUCUGCGUGGAACAUCAUACAUACCACAUCAAAAACUAUAUUAUGAACAAGGAUUUGCUCCGGCGAGUGUUGAUACUUAUGAACUCGAAACACACUUUUUUGGCCCUUUGUGCUUUGCGUUUCAUGAGGCGAAUAAUUGGCCUGAAAGAUGAAUUCUACAACCGUUAUAUCAUAAAGGGAAACCUUUUUGAACCAGUUAUUAAUGCCCUUCUGGAUAAUGGUACCAGAUACAACCUGUUAAACUCUGCAAUAAUAGAACUGUUUGAAUUCGUCAGAGUGGAAGAUAUUAAGUCUUUAACAGCACAUAUAGUAGACAACUUCUAUAAGGCUCUUGAAUCUAUUGAAUAUGUUCAAACAUUUAAAGGAUUGAAGACAAAGUAUGAGCAAGAAAAAGAUCGACAAAGUCAGAAAUUAAACAGUGUACCAUCUAUAUUACGCAGCAACAGAUUCCGUAGGGAUACACGAGCUUUGGAAGAAGAUGAAGAGCUAUGGUUUAAUGAAGAUGAAGAGGAGGAAGGUGAAGCUGUUGUACCUCCUGUUGAAAAGUCUAAAGCGGAAGAUGACUUUCCCGAUAGUUAUGAAAAAUUUAUGGAGACAAAAAAAGCUAAGGAGAGUGAAGACAAAGAGAAUCUUCCAAAGAGGACGUCAGUAGGGGGGUUCAAGUUCACUUUUUCUCACUCCGGCAGUUCAGCGAACGGUGCAAAUAGUGCAAAUAGCAAAUCUGUGGCAGCUCAAACCCCACCAGCAGGUUCUAAUGGAUCCUCUUCCAAAAACACAAGCUUAUCUGCCACCGUAACAUCUACGAAGGGAAGUUUGAUCGGCUUGGUGGAUUACCCUGAUGAUGAAGAUGAAGAGGAGGAGGAAGACACGUCCCCAAGAAAAAGGCCACGACUUGGGUCUUAAACUGAAACUGACAAACAUUAGUUGUGGGUCAAUCACGCAACUGAUGUUUGAGCUUAGUGUGAGUCGGGAAUAAUAUGGAAAUAGCCAAACUCCACUAGAAGGGUGUAAAUGCCAAGCUUUUAUGGAAGCCUUUCCAGUGUUUAUGAAUCCUUGCAGGGGUUUAAAAUGAUGGGUUAGCUAUGACAACCAAGAUGAAUGCUUCAGUGCAUCACAAGCAUCUUGUGGUUGGGAUGGGGGACAAGGUGGAUCACUUAGGCAUACAUUUUAAUGUUUCAGGUUUGCCCCGAGGUGUAUAACAACUAGAAUAAAAUAAAAGCUUUCAGUUGCACACCGGUAAUCUUAAUUUUUUUUUUUUUUUUUAAAUGGUGCUGGCCAUAGUGUUUUAUCAAUUGCCUAUUUUAUAUAUGAAAACAAAAUGUAAUUGAAGGGAAUAAAAUCUGAUAAUAGAACCUUGGGACCAUCUUUGUAAAUUUACUUCCCAUCUUCAGUAAUUGGGAGGGGGAGUGGGACACACUGUAGUGCAUGUUAAGUUUAAAAAAAACACAAAAAAAAUGAAGAAUCCUUUCCAUGUGUAUUUUAUUAAAAUAUAUGAAGUCAUAAUGGACAGAUAUAAUAAUAUAAAGUAGCCCGUCCUACAUACUGCACUUCCAGAAAUACUGACGCCAAGGAUCAGUAGCUUCCAAAAUCUGUCUGGAAACUGCCCGUUGACCUCCUAUCCAGUGCCUCAAUCUCUUGCAGUGUUAUUUUAUUUCACAGAAACCAUGAUUAUUAUUAUUUUUUAACAUUUUUUUUUAUUGCAUUCGGCUUCCUUGGUUUGACAAUACCACCCUAGCGCUUUUAGUCCAUACAAAAUUCUUUUCCACAUUUUUGAGCUGAAAUCACCAUGGCUAUGAAACCGAUACCAAAGGGUUAACACAGCAAGCAAUGAGUAUUCAGCCAUUUUAUUCCGUAAAGUUGAGGAAGACUGAUGCAUGCAGCUUUGAAUAUCUUCAGCCAGGGAGUAAUGGGAAAAGCUGCUUUUAAUCCAAUCAUUUUAUACAUAGGAAUUCACAGCACAUUCCAUGGAUGUAAAUGAAUAGCAACGGAUAUACGUCAGUGUAGUUGUGGAACACAAUUUGGAAUUUUUUUUUUUUUCUUCUUAAAGCCGCACCUGAACUGUAAAUAUUUUAAUAUUCACCCAUAUAUGAUCUGAGAUCAUGCUGAUGAACUUGCUCUCUCCGUCACCUGAAUUUACUGUUCCAGAGACACCGAAACCAGCUGCAAUCCUCUCUGCCAGUUGCCCUCGUAACAGGUUAUAGACUUAUUUCUCAUGGAAAUAGUUUAAAGCAGUUUCCCAGUUUUGGAGAUUUUGUAGUUAAUUAUAAUUUUAGCUAUUGUUUGGAAAGAUGGGCUGUCUGUGUAGAUAUGAAGUAUAGGUUUUUUUUUUUUUUUCCAUAAAAACAGAAGUUUAUUUUGUAUUAAAUACCACUGUACUUGUUUUACACCAUUUGUAUACAUGUGGUGAUAUUAAUGCUGAACUGUAAAAUUCAGGAAUUAAAAUGUGACCCUGUAAUUCCAUAA